GCAACUGGAGAUUUUUGUUAGCUUGUCUUCAUGUGUCUGUUCAGGUUGCUCUGCGGCUGUUGGACGGCGAUUUCCCUAGUGAGCACGUCAGAAUGUUUGCAGUGAGGGCACUGGAGACUCUGUCAGACGAACAGCUUGAAGACUACCUCCUCCAGCUGGUCCAGGCGCUAAAGUUUGAGGCCAACCACGACAGCCAACUGGCCCGUUUCCUGCUCAAAAAGGCACUCACCAACAAAACCAUUGGCCACUUCUUCUUCUGGUACCUCAAGUCAGAGAUGCACAGUCGUCUGCACACAGCUCGGUUUGCCGUCAUUCUGGAGACCUACCUGAAGGGAUGCGGAGAAUCUCUACUGACGCAGUUUACUGACCAGGUGGACAUACAGAACUCUCUCUGUGACAUGGCAGUAAAGCUGCAGAAAGACAGUGACAAUGGAGCAGACUUGGAGAGAAUGCAGGCUCUUGUUCAUUCUCGUCUCGAGGAGCUGGGAAGUCCUCGCUUCACCAUCAUUCCUGUCCACAAUCCCAGACAGGUCCUGGGAAAGUUAAACCCUAAAAAGUGCAAAGUCAUGACAUCAAAGAAGAGACCAAUGUGGCUGGAGAUGUACAAUAUCCAUCCCAGCGCUCUGAGGCAAAACCCCAUUCGCCUGAUCCUGAAACUGGGAGACGACCUCCGACAGGACAUGAUCACUCUACGAAUGUUCUCUCUCUUUGAGAAGCUGUGGGAGGAGCAAGGACUAGACUUGGAGCUCAUUCCAUACGGAUGUAUGGCGACUGGACCUCAGACUGGCUUUAUUGAAGUGGUCAAGAAUGCCAAAACCAUCAAGGAGGUGUCUAGUGUGACAAACAGCACGAAACUGUUCGAGUGGAUAAAAUCUCACCAGACAAAUGAGUUUGGAGAGAUAGACAGGGAGAUGGUAGAAGCAGCGGUGAAGAAGUUCACUCGAUCUUGUGCCGGAUACUCUGUCGCAACCUAUGUCCUGGGGAUAGGAGACAGACACAAUGACAACAUCAUGGUCACCACAUGUGGCAACCUGUUCCACAUUGACUUUGGACACUUCCUCGGCCACAUCAAAUACUUUAUGGGAUUCAAGAGGGAGUGGGCUCCAUUUGUUCUGACGCCAGACUUUGUAUACGUCAUGGGUGGAGAGAACAGUGAAAUGUUUGAGACGUACAAGAACCUCUGCUGCCGGGCAUUCCUCACUCUCCGCAGAAAUGCCGACCUUAUCAUCAACCUCUUCUCACUCAUGAAGUCAACAGGAAUCCCUGAGCUGACGUGUGUGGAGGACACCAACUACAUCAGGAACGUACUAGAGAUUGGGGUCACUACAUCUGAGCAUGUGGCCGAAAUGAGCAUGGAUCUGGAGAUCGUGUACUACGAGCAAGAGAACGGAGUCCUGCAGAAGGUCGGGGAGCUGCUGGUGCAGACAAGAAACGGCGCCUCUCUGGAGGAUAUCUGCAGAGAUGCUCUCAGGAAGAGGCACAACAGCAGUGGAAGUGACUCUGGUAUCUCCACUAGUAGCACAGAGGACUCUGUCUCAGAGCCACAGCUCAAGUGCUACUCUAGUCUCUUCGCCGCUGGGGAGGAGUCUGUGGAGAUAGAUUUGUCCAAACAGCCAAACGAAGUGGAUUGCAUUCUUGAGGCCCUCCAGAAUGACACUACUCCAGUCCUCUACCUAUUCAAAGAGCCGUCCCCACAAGAAGAGAGGGGGGAGGGGGAUGUUGAAGGUGAGGAUGAACCAGCACUGUCCAGGAAGGGUAGUGGAAUGGUGAAGGAGUUCCUUCGAACGCCGCGUCACUCGGUCCAGACUCGGGGCUCUGCGUCAGAAACCCCUCUAUCCCCAGUCCAAUCCACUACCGACAUUCUCUCGGAGGGGAAACCCAAGAAUGGAACCGGGCGAACUCACUCCAAAGUUUUCAAAACUCACUCCAGCGACUGGGACAUCGCUCAGAAAACCUCGGUCCAAAAUAGCCACGGGAAGCGAACACUGCCUGAUAAAGAGGACCCUGACAACCGUCUGUUGGAGAGAGUUGCCAGCGAACUGUACCACUGCCAGGAGAACCUUCUAGAUCUUUCUAGAACCAUCUCUUCGCCCUCGAUGGCAACUGACAGAGAGGAGGACGAGAGAGAAGAGGAAGAGGACAAAGUUGUGGUUGAAAACGGAGUGGGCAGACAUUCAAUGAGCAACAGACACCUGAAACAAGAUUUUCAUCCGUCAAGUGCCCCUUCUCCAGCAACCACACCCCUCCGCAGCCAAGACAGCUAUUCAGACCUGCUCACCAUCCUGGAGAACUCUCCGGGACAAGAUGACAGGCUCUCUCCAUCCCAGUUUCGACCAAAACUUGGGACAAUUGCAGUCCACGUUCAAAGUACUCCCAAGAGAUCAAGAGGCCAGGGCUGCCGCACCUUGCAACGAGACGCAAAACAGUCCCUCAUUCCGCGAGACUCUUCUGAUUUGUCUCGGACGACAGAAAGCUAUGGGUACGAAGGGCCUCCUUCUCCACGGUCGAAAGAGGAGUUUUCUUCUUCGCUGAGAGUGGAGGGGGAGGGGAGGAGGGAGGGAGGGAAGGGAAAGAGAGCAUCUGCGAUGCUGGACAUGAAGAAGCUGAGGAGAAAGACGGCCAUUAGGAGACAGAGGAGGAGAGACAGAGGUUCAAUCUCUGAGCCUCCACCGGAGACGUCUUACAGCUAUCACGUUGACUUUGUGCAAGUUUCAGCAGACGGCCAGACUGAACACAAAGUUCCCUGCAAAGAGUACAUCACAGUGGGAGAACUGAAGGAAUGUGUUGUGAGGACCCUCAAUCGUCACCAAGAUGAAGAGAAUGACGGGAAAUGGAAGGUGUCUGACGUGGUCCUCAUUUACUCUCUCAACGAACAAGAAUUCGAGCUCUUCAACGAGUACCAAUUCAUCUAUUCGACUGCUCUCUACCAGAGCUGGGCUGACGAAGGUUGCACCUUGACCCCUGACACUACCGUCCUCAGGGUGAAGUCUGCAGGAAGGACUGGUGAGAGAGACGGGAAGAUCAUGGCGAGACUGGGUCACCUCACGGGACUUACUCCGGAGGAAGGUCCCAGCGAAUGGGAUGGAGUCGGGGUGUCUGUGGAGGGUUGCCGACGGCGACUGGCACGAGGUCCAGUGGGCCAGAAGACUCUUGCACAGAUCCCUCUGGACAACAAGGUGGAGAUCACGUUCCACUACCAGCAGAUCUUCUCUCUUGUGAAGAAGGUUAACAUCCACCGCACCGCAGUCAGUGUGUUGGAGGAGCUUUAUCAAUGUGUGGUGGCCUGCGGACUCAUCGACCAGGAGAAGCACCAAAGUUCUGACUUUGUUCUCCAAGUGAGCGGGGAGCGCAGCUACAUCGCGGGUAAGAACGAACUCCUCUGCUUCAAAGACGUCCGUCGCUCCAUCAUCAAAUCGGAGCCAAUCCACCUCUCCAUCUCCCCAUGCCCCUGUCACCUCUCUGACACCCCUUUUCAGAUCCACAGUGUGCCAGUGGAUGCCAACAGUGGACAGCCUCCGCUACACACUGACAUUGCUGCCCUCUCUCACAAGGAGUGUGAAUCUCAGGCUCUCUCCGUCUGGGACGUCAAGGACGAGCUCUCACUCCAAGUGGUAAAGUUGGACCAGCUACCAGUCAGAUCCCUACCCACUAGAACCACCUCACUGGUGGUGGAGGUCUCCCUCUACCACGGUGCCACCCAGCUCUGUCAGACCCAGCAAACUUCCCCGCAACCUCUCAACGGUCUCGUCAGGAUCAAGGAAACCAUGAACUUCAAGAUCGCCAAGAAAGACGUCCCAAAGUCUGCCAGGUUGAUGUUUGUAGUUCGAGAGUCCAGUCAGAGGAAGGAGUCUACAGUUGGAACGAAAAAGACGCAGGCUGCCCGCUUCCUCUACUGGGGGCUCGUCUCCCUCAUCGACCACCAGAGCAUGCUGCGAAUGGGGGAGAUGCAGGUGGCUCUGUGGCGAGGCAGCGGUAGAGAUGGAGAUGACUGGUACACCCCCUGUCCCUGUGCCCCGCCCUACAACAACUCUGACCCCAGAGCCGUCACGCUCACCGUCAAGUUUGAUAGCUACAGCUACCCCGUCUACUACCCAGCCACCAUCCCCCAGAGCUGGACUAGUCUGCUCGGGAUGGACGAGGGCAACACGGCCCUCCGGAAACAGUUCCAUCGACUCCUCGACCUCAUCAAGGAGGGGAAACUCCAUGGGGCUCUGCCGAUGUACAUAGAGAAACUGGAGUGGGGAAACCUGUCCAAGACGCUGGAGGUCUAUUCUCUUCUCACUGAACUCAUGGAGGCAAAACACUUCCCUGUUGAGACUGCACUGAAAAUGUUGGACAGCAAUUUUCCCGACGAGCAUGUGAGGAAGUUCGCGGUGAGCGCCCUCCACGAGCUGGCCGACGACGAACUAGAAGACAUUCUACUGCAACUGACCCAGGCGCUGAAGUUUGAGCCGCAUCACGACAGCCCUCUGGCGAGACUCCUCCUCAAGCGUGCUCUCCACAACAAGAGGAUCGGCCAUUUUUUCUUCUGGUACCUCAAGUGCGAGCUACACAAUCCUCUGUAUGCCCAGAGAUGUGGAGUCAUUCUGGAGGCCUAUCUCAAGGGCUGCGGGGAGUCAAUGCUGCGGCAGUUUGAGGACCAGGUGGACAUACAGAUGAAGCUGGAGGAGAUCGCGCUGGAGCUGAAGCAGAGAUGCAGCGACGACCAGAGCAAGAUGCAGUCUCUCCUCCCUGAACUGCUGGAGACACACGGAGUUCCCACCUUCACCCUCACUCCCGUCUACAACCCCAGGAUUCGCCUCGGCAAUCUGCGACCCAACAAAUGCAAAGUGAUGUCAUCGAAAAAGAAGCCGCAGUGGCUGGAGAUGUACAAUGUCGACCCAACCGUGCUGAAGCAGAGCCCCAUUCGCCUGAUCCUGAAACUGGGUGACGACCUCCGACAGGACAUGAUCACUCUACGAAUGUUCUCUCUCUUUGAGAAGGUGGGCUAAAGCAAGGACACAUCUCUAAUAUGGACAUCUGUCCCAUUUUGGUGUCUGGAGAGGUUCCACUGUAUCAGAGCGUCGGUAGACGCUCUAUAUAGGGAUGACACGGGUG